UAACUGAAGUUACCCGGCCCCACCGCUACCGCUAUCAGCACUGGAGAGGUAAAAGGGGUUGGGUUGUCGGUAACAGAAAUCCAAGUCCAUCGGUGGGCAUUAUAGCACAGGGCGACGAGAUAUUGAGGCGGAGAGCCCCAGUAACAGUGCGAGGAUGCUGAAUAUGUGGAAAGUCAGGGAGUUGGUGGAUAAAGCCACCAACGUGGUGAUGAACUACUCGGAGAUCGAGUCGAAGGUUCGUGAAGCCACUAAUGACGACCCCUGGGGACCAUCCGGACAACUCAUGGGAGAGAUUGCCAAAGCCACGUUUAUGUACGAACAGUUCCCGGAGGUCAUGAAUAUGCUGUGGACCAGAAUGCUGAAGGACAACAAGAAAAACUGGAGAAGAGUUUACAAGGCCUUACUUCUUCUAGCGUACCUCAUCCGAAACGGCUCGGAGAGAGUUGUCACCAGCGCCAGAGAACACAUAUAUGAUCUCCGCUCCCUCGAAAACUACCACUUUGCUGACGAGAAUGGGAAGGACCAGGGCAUCAACGUGAGGCAGAAGGUGAAAGAGAUGGUGGAUUUUGUGCAGGACGACGACCGGCUGCGGGAUGAGAGGAAGAAGGCCAAGAAGAACAAGGACAAAUACAUCGGCGUGUCCUCCGACACCAUGGGCGGCUUCAAGUCGGGAGACCAGAGUUUGGACGCGGACUCCAAGGGGAAGUGGGAGGAAGACUGGGACAAGAGCAAAGGGGGCUUUCCCUUCAGUGAGAAGCUGGGCGAGAUCAGCGACAAAAUAGGCAACACCAUCGACGACACCAUCAACAAGUUCCGCAAGAAAGACCGCGAUGACUCACCUGACAGAAUCAGUGACAACGAGGAAGACCGAGCAUCACAAAAUGGUCCACCCUCAAAGUCAGAGUUCAAGGAUGAGGAGGACACAGACUCGAACAAUCCUGCCACCCAGGCAGCAGAGUCCACGAGCAACAGCUCUUUCGCACGCAAGCGCGGUGGCAUUCCCACUAAAACAGUGGACCUGGGGGCUGCCGCUCAUUACACCGGCGAUAAGAACAGUCCAGACGCCGACAACGCAAGGACAUCCAUCAGUCAGUCAUCAAGCAGUGGCCUUGCAGACCUGUUAAUGGUGGACCCAGCACAGACAUCAACCAGUGGUGGAGGUUCAGAUCUAAUCGGGGGGUUUGCUGAUUUCUCCUCCCCAGCCGCCUCUGCUAGCCUCCCUCCCAAAGCUGGGUCAGCCUCCAGUGGUACUGGAGAGUUUGGCGAGUGGAACGCCUUCGGCAACACCACAACCACCUCCAGCCCGCCUGCCUCCACCACCGCCGUCUCGGCUGCACCCCAAGCAGUGACGGACCUCUUUGGCGAAGUCCAGGCCACCCCGACUCAGGCACUACCCACCUCUUCCCAGGCCCCCUCGGCCGACCUCUUUGACCUGAUGGGACCAAACCACGCCACACUCAGCGCCUCGCAGAGCUUGAGCUUCAACAUGUGUGCCAACCAGAGCAUGCCCAUGUCACGGUCUCAGACUCUCGGCGGUCCUAUGCACAGUUUAGGAGGUCCCAUGAUGCCACAGCAGAUGGGUAUGCAGAAGCUGGGGGCGCAGGGUUCCUUCCCCGCCACGUGGUCCGACCCCAGUGUCAACAUUAGCCUGGACUUCCUCUCAGCAGGCAUGCAGCAGCCCAAGCCCUCACAGCCCACACUCAACACUAUGAUCCAGCAGCAGGGACCGCUUACAGGCAUCCAGCCACCUCUGAACAUGAUGGCCCAGAGUUUUACUGGCAUGAACCUUAACUCGCAGCCAGCCGCUCCAGUGGCCCCCAGACCACCCAUUGGCUCCAUGAUGGUAUCGGGCGGGCAAAUGGGCAUGGCAAUACCCCCGGCCAUGGCAACGGGUACGAUGGGGAUUGGGGGAAUGGGAGUGGGGGGCAUGCCUGUCAAUCAGGGAAUGCCUGGCAUGAACAUGGGCAUGACUGCCCCCGCUGGUGCGGGCCUGCCUGGAGGUGCUGCUGGCAUGCCAGCGAUGGGCUUGGGCCAGGGCAUGACCCCCACCAUGAUGCCACCCAAACAAGAUGCCUUUGCAAAUUUUGGCAACUUUGGUAAAUGAACAUGUGGAGGAGGAGGGUGGGAAUGAAGACUUUUGUGAUGAAGUGAAUGGGGAGAACAGAAAGCUCUGGGGGGGGGGGGAGGGAAAGAGAGAGCUGCCUAUCACACCUGGACAAACUGAAAAUAAUUAAACAAGCAAGGGUGGGGGUCAGCCCCCCAUCAACAUCAGUUCUCUGUUGCUCUUUGGGGUCUUUCCUGGGUGGGAUGAGAAUGAGGUUGUGGUUUCAGAGCAACUUUUUUUUUAAGGGGGGUGGGCGGGAGGAAUGGAAAGCAUAUACAUGACAUACUUCAAAGAAAGUAUCUUUUGGAGUUUUGUUACAUCUACCAAUUUCAAGAAAACAACAUGAUCAAAUUAGUCCUGUUUUCCCAUCUUUUUCUACUUUGGUGUUUCCGCUUCUUUUACUGUCUAAAGAAGGAAAAAAAGAAAAUUCCAGAAAUUACCUCACAUUAUCCAUACUUCAUGCUGUGACUCAGAAGAAUGAACGCGUAUGUCUUUGUAAAUAUUCUUUUUUUGUGUGUGCAAAGAAAUAAAUUAUUGCAUUAUUGAA